CCCCGCCCCCUUCAGUUACACAGUCCGGGGACAGAACCGCUUCCUCUUUUUCCUCUCAAAGCCUAGAGAGGCACCGAGAACGACAGAUGAGACGCACGCGCAGUGCGAGCCGGCACUGGAGCUGCUGCUUCUGCGGCGCCCGUGUUGGUGGCCGGGGCAGCAGCGGCAGCGCUUCCUGCAGCGGUAACAGCUCCGCGCGGAGGGGUCGCGGCGAGGCUGGGGAGUGCUGCGUCUGCGGCGGUUGGCGAGGCCGAGCGGGCGGCUCGCCGCAGCAGCUGGCGGAAAGAUACGCAGACUUGGCGGCCAGCCACGCCGAAGCCGUGAGAUUGGGCGAGGAGCGCGAGAAGCAGAGCGGGCGCCUGCGGGACGAGAACACGCGGCUGAGGGUGGAGAACCGGCGCCUGCGCAGAGAGAACCGCAGCCUCUUCCGCCAGGUGUUGAAACUGCAGCAGCAGCCGCUGAUCCUGCCUCUUCCAGAAGGGGAGGCGGAGUCUGAAGGCGGGGCUCUGCCGCGCGAGCAAGAGAUGCUCAGGGACCGAUUGGCUGAGAAGGGGCACGAGCUGGGGACGAAGGCGGAAGUGGGGCGUCAGGUGUAGUCCGAGAGCUGCCAUUUCUCCAUUAGCGGCCAUGGUGAUGCUUCUAGUCGGCCUCGCAAAGUGGAAAUCCAACAAAUGCAUUCCUGGGAGCUUGGAGAACCUGCCAAUGAAACCACGCUUUGUAGCUGAAAGGAGGCAGUGGGAGCUAGACUACACCUACUUUGGGAAUGGCAGCAGCCUCCCAAGCAAGAAGCAAACGGAGAUCUUAUUUCGUCCUCGCUGAGAGCAGGCCAAGAUAUACCAUUUCGAGGUUUCUGCAUUGUCCUGUUUAUCUGCUGGCUGGAGACCUCGCCCCCCCCCCCCGAUGCAUCCCAAGAGGCAAUAGUAAAACGAAGAUGUGAUCAGUAGCGCCUCUUCUGAUAUCAGAAGCAUUUCAUUGCCUAAGAGAAAAAUUUUAUAUGCCAGACCAAUCAAAAAGCUAGAAUUUUCGUGAAUCUUUUGCACAAAAGUAAAAAUAACAGCUCUUGUAUGCAAGUCCUGGUGACAACUGGUAGAUUUAUAAGCCCUUACAUGUUUCUUCCAUUUAAUAAACCUGAUUAAUUAUCCUGCAAAAUAAAUUUGCAAUGCACUGGA